AUGAAGCUCUUGCAUGGCCAAGCCAGUACCUUGACAGGUGCAUCAGGAGCUGUUCUCGAACAAGUGAAGAUACCGUCUGCAGCCUCCCUUGCGAAUCAGCGCAUAACGAAGCCCAAAGUUGUUCAUACCCGUUCGUCGGGAAAAAGUACUGGCAAGCUGUCGAAGGCAGAUACUAUACGUGAACAGAACAUUGCCAAGAAGGAAUCCAAGCAAGUGUCCGAGUCUACAACAUGGGUUGCGUCCCGCAUGCAAGAGAUGGAAAGCCUGGAUGGUUCUGGUCUCGAAAAGUACCUGCAAGCUCUUGCGCGGAACCCGCGAACUAGGGAGGCAUCGGUAGGCGCGGAACUUCGACUAUAUCGUAUGAACCGUCUUCUCCGAGAGUGGAUUUAUGCCACCAAUCCAGAAUCCUCGACGAGCCGCGAAAAAUAUUCCUUGUUGCUCAUGCGUCUCGUCAAGGAAGUUUGGGAGAUCGGCUUUGGAACAAAGGAGAUCGCAAGCGCGAUCACGAGCGUGUUGAUUUCACUCGGCUUCAGCGACUACAUUGAUAUUCUGGUUGUCCCAGGUUCAGCCGGCGACAGGGAGCUAAGUUUUCGCUUUGUCAAACUGGUCAAGUCCAAGACCAAGACACCAAUCUACGAAUUUAUGCGAGUGCAGGAGCACCCUAUCGUGUGGCAACUUCAGUUUUUCGGGGAGUUUAUGGAUAGAAGCAUGGAUGGUCAGGUUGACGCAAGGGUAUCCUUCAAGCCAGAUGCGUGGCAACGCGAAGUUCUUGACGCCAUUGAUCAAAAUAUGUCACUUCUCGUUGUAGCUCCUACCAGUGCUGGGAAGACGUUCAUUUCCUAUUAUGCUAUGGAGAAGAUUCUCCGAGGAUCUGACGAUGGCAUCGUGGUUUAUAUUGCACCGACAAAAUCCCUUGUUUCUCAGGUCGCGGCCGAGAUUUAUGCUAGGUAUAGCAAGGAUCUCAACGGUCGUAGCUGCUGGGCGAUUCAUUCCCAUGACAUCCGGGUCCAUGAUGCGCAGAACUGCCAAAUCCUUGUCACUGUCCCUGAGGUUCUGGCAACCAUGCUUUUAUCUCCUCUGCUUGCUAAGACGUGGACCCCCCGGCUCAGAUAUGUCAUUCUGGACGAAAUUCAUACCAUUGGCCAGCAGGAGGGUGGAGCUGUCUGGGAACAGAUUCUUCUCCUGGCUCCCUGUCCUAUCAUAGGUUUAUCUGCUACGGUCGGAGCACCGGAAAGGUUCAACGAAUGGCUGGAGAGCGUUCAGAAAGCAGGAGGUUUUCCGCACAAGUUUGUGCAUUAUCCCCAUCGGUAUUCACACCUGAGGAAGUUCUACUACAAUAUCCACGAGAAGCCAAGAGAUGCCUUCCGAAGCCUUUCGACGUACAAGUCUACAGAAAGGAUGCGAUUUCUGCAUCCGUUGUCCAUGCUUUCCUGCAGUGCACGUUCUCUCCCCUCUGAUCUCGCACUGGAAGCAGUGGAUACAUUGACCUUAUAUCGUGCUCUAAGUGCACACACAGCCCUCGAUCCUUGUACUCUCGCUGCCCUCGAUCCAGUGGCAUUUUUUCCCUCUGGUAAACUACUUCAGCAGAAGGACGUAAUACGAUAUGAAGAAGCUCUUAAACAGCACCUCGCUUCGCUGUUGUCCUCCUUCGAUUCGCGAGACUCCGGGACACCGUUGUCGCGCGUCAUUACUCAGCUUCAAGAUGGUGUUUUAUCGCGCGUCCCAGACAUCGUGUUGAACUCCCAACCUGACCGUGUUGUAUGUGGCCGCAAUCUCAUUUAUCUAGUCGCCGAUCUUCAUAUACAAGGGGACCUCCCUGCUAUCUUCUUCUCAUUUGAUCGAAGCGAUUGCGAGCAUAUGGCAAAAAUUUUGGGCCAAGAGUGGCGUGAGAAUAAUCCUGGAUGGAUACACAAAAUGGCGCAAUAUGAUGCAUACCUUCAAGACGCCAAAGAGCGUGAACGCAAAGCUGCGAGAGCCUCGAAGCGCAAGGGAAAUGAAGAGGAUGAACGUGUUGACACGGGCGAGUGGCAGGCAUUCUUUAGACCCAAUGAUCCUCUGCCAGACUUCUCAUUCGCUGGCCAAAGUACGUCAUAUUCCAUAUCGGAACUUGAUGAAGAUAUCGCAAAACCUUGCGAGGAGGGAAGUCACAUCUCCCUUACUAACACUCUUGCCCUGGGUAUCAACGCCCCGACCAAAACUUCUGUUUUCUGUGGUGAUUCACCCUUCCUCACCGCACUCAUGUAUCGACAAUAUGCGGGACGUGCUGGACGGCGAGGGUACGACCUCCUUGGAAAAGUCGUCUUCUAUUGUCUGCCAAUGAGCAAAGUGCAGAGACUAGCGCUUUCAAAAUUGCCCUCCCUUUCUGCCAGUUUCCCAGUAACAUCGACUCUCAUCGCGCGCCUAUUCAAUCUGUUGGAGGGUUCUGAUUACUCCACAAUCGCCGUUGCCGCUGUCCAGAGGCUCUUCCGCCUCCCACAAGUCAGUUUUAGCUCGGAGGAAGGAAGAUACCAACUUUUGCACCAUCUGCGUUUCUCGGUCGACUACUUGCGUCGUGCUCGUCUGCUCGACGAGCAAGGGAAGCCGCUCAACCUUUUUGGAAUAGCCACAGAUCUAUACCACACAGAGCCCAGUAACUUGGCCCUAGUUGCUCUGCUUCGCAGUGGCGUGAUCCAUGAUAUUUGUGCGCAACCUGACCUAAGGCUUGCAAAACGUGACUUCAUCCUGCUGAUGGCCCAGCUCUUCGGACGGCGGUACUUGCCUUCUGCUUGCAUGAAAGAGGAGUACAUCAUGAAGGUCGUGAAGAAUUUUCCAUCGAUGGUCAUACUGCCACCACUGUCCAACGCAGCUCGUGAAGUGCUGAUAGAGCAAGAUCGCGAAAUCCUCGAGAUCUUCACCGGAUAUGCCUUGACCUACGGGUCUCAGCACCAAAAUGACCUUGGGCUCGACCACAUCCUGCCUCUUAGCAAUAGGGAUAUAUCGGGUAUCGCGGAAGACAAACCAUCACUUAUUCGCGACCAUCUUCACUGUACUGCGAUCCGUGUUGUCGCAAGGUCACUCUUCGUGGCUAACUCCGGUCAUGAUGAUCACUUCCACAGCAUUCACGAGCUCGUUCAAACGGCUCGACGCGGAAUGAACCUGAACGCGCACAUCAUCCCAUCGUUCGAAGGCAUCACCGGGCGAACUAACCGAGGAGACAGCAAACACGCGCUGAACGCAUACCUCCUUGACUUCUACAUGCACGGACGGGUGGCGGCCCUUGCAGCUGCCAACGCAAUUAGACGGGGUGAUGUUUGGUAUUUGUUGCAAGACUUUCAUUUUACGCUGAUGACUGCGCGCGGGGUACUUGAGCAACUCCUGAAGAGGUCCGCGGGUGAGAAAGAUGCAAUGCCUGAGGAUGAAAACCUUGGUGAGGAGGUGGAUAGUGGAUGCGCGUCGCUUGAGCCAGUUGGGUGGGAGGAUGAGGAUGAAGAGGAAUCCGAGGAGCAGGGGCACGGGGAGCGGGAAACGACCCAUGAUUCGCAGAAACGACGUGGUGCGUCGAGUGCAGACUGGAGAGUUUUUGAAGUGGUCAACGGUGCACUCGAAGAAUUCGAUGAAAAGUUCAAGGCCAUGUGGGCCUAAACGUGUACGUCAUACAUGAUAUUCUGGCGUGUACAUU